UCCUGUGCGAAACAACAUGCUCGCGACAACGCGGGGGGGCCGAGGUCAGGUAUAACAGCUCGCUCAUGGUUCUUUUCCUAGUCCAAGUAUAGCGUGUUUGACGAGUUGCUGCUUUUUUGCAACAUCUUGCCAUGCCUCCGCCCCUCAACGGCUGGCGAGACAAGCUCAGCGCGCUCGAGGACUUGUACGAGCGACAUGUCAAGGGCGUCCCCAAACCGCCCGUCCUCUCUGCGAGUGCUGCGGCGCUUCUGUCGGCUGCCUAUGUCUUCAUCUACGUAAUCCCCUUCUACCUGUCGCCUGCAACGCGACCCUCUCCGACUCUCACGCGCGAUGCACCGUCGUCGAUACGCGCCCGUGUACGCGCAGUUACCUUCUCCACUGCCCUAUGCUCUGUCCUCACCGUAAUCGUACUCUACCAACAUGAUGCGUCCGCCAUGGAGAUCCUCAGCCUGCUUGGCAUAUGGCCUGUUUCACCCGUAGAUACCAUCCGGACCAUGCUGUUGGUCGUGAUCCUCUUCGCAGGCCCAAUCUUCGAGCAUGGUAUUGUAGACGAUGGUUGGAGAGACUGGAUCAAGCUAAACGGUGUCAACGAGUCCUUGAGUAGCUGGAUCGGAUACCGGAAUUUUGUAGUCGGCCCCGUCAGUGAAGAGCUCGUCUGGCGCUCCUUCAUCGUCCCCCUCCAUGUCCUCGCCCAAUUCUCCGGCAAGCAAAUCGUGUUCCUCACACCACUGUACUUCGGCAUCGCGCAUCUGCACCACCUUUACGAAUUCCGCAUAACCCAUUCUGAAGUCCCGUUCUUCAUCGCCGUGCUUCGUUCACUCUUCCAGUUCACAUACACAUCGCUCUUCGGGUUCUUCGCCGCCUUCGUCUUCAUCAGGACUGGAAAUGUGUACACGUGCAUGCUAGCGCAUACCUUUUGCAACUGGAUGGGGCUUCCACGCUUCUACGGUCGUGUGGGAGUUGAAGCUGGCAUCCCCAUCGGACCGCCAGAUGUCGAUAAGAAAGAUGAUGAGCAAAGGAAUGUUCCAGCUUAUCAAGGGAAGGGUGUUGGAUGGACAGUAGCCUAUUACCUCGUACUCGUAGCUGGCGCUCUAGGCUUCUAUCAUCAGCUGUUUCCGCUGACCGAGAGCAGCCAUGCUCUGCCUGUUGACUUGAGUAAGUAGUAAGGACAUCUGCGUGCUUGGUGUCUUCGGAACGCAGAAAAGGGGACGCGCAGAGUUACACCGUACAGUCGCACACGACGUACAGCACAGCAAUUCAGAUAUCAUAGAGGUGGUUAUCGUAAUCUCGCAAUAGCCCACCAGUUAUCCUUCUCGUAGCCCGAUUCCAACACCACUCCGCCAGCCUGCUCAAUAUCACCCUCAAGCUCCCCUUUCCGAUACAGGUGAUAAUAUCUCAAGAAUGUCUUGUCACCAUCUGGCUUCGGCGCCUCUUCUUCGUGAGCUUGACUCUCAUCCUUCUUCUUCCGUCCUUUCUCCUUGUCCUUUUUCUGCUUCAAGACCCACGGCACCAUGACAUCCUGCUCGUGACC